AUCGGUGGAAAACUUUCGAUUAAAACGAAGGGAAAAAAAAGGGAUUAUUUUCUUUGUUCCAUUUGUUGUAUGAAUUUUUUUUCCACUGAAAUUUUUCUCAUCCAUAGCAUAGAGUGAUUCUCCACUGCAUGUUUAAUUUUUGUGCAACUACAUAUAUAAUAUGUCCUUCACAUAUUGUACUAACAAAAUCAAUAUAAAUGCAGCUUUAAAAUAAUUCAAGCUCUCUAAGUGAAGAAGAGGAAAAGGUACAGUGAGAGAGAGAGAGAGAGCCAUGUAUGGAGAUUGUCAAGUCAUGUCCUCCAUGGGAGGGAACGUAGUUUCCUCGGAAACUUUAUUCUCUUCUCCGAUCCAAAACCCUAACUUCAACUUCAUCUCCACCAUGCCUUUUCAACCCUUCUCUUCUAUCCUCCCAAAGGAAGAAAAUUCCCUAUUACAUAGGGGAAAGGAUGAAAUGUUGGAGAGCGGUUCCGGUAGCGAGCAGAUGGAGGACAAGUCAGGGAACGAACAAGAAAAUAGCAGUGAUCAACUGCUGCUUCAACAGCCAGGCAAAAAGAAACGCUAUCACCGCCACACUGCUCGCCAGAUCCAAGAAAUGGAGGCUUUGUUCAAGGAAUGCCCACAUCCCGAUGAUAAGCAAAGGAUGAAAUUGAGUCAAGAUUUGGGCUUGAAGCCAAGGCAGGUCAAGUUUUGGUUCCAAAACAGGCGUACCCAGAUGAAGGCCCAACAAGACCGUAACGAUAAUCAGAUACUUAGAGCUGAAAACGAGACAUUAAAGAGUGAGAACUUCCAGCUUCAGGCGGCGCUUCGUAAUGUUAGUUGCCCUAAUUGUGGUGGUCCGGCCAUGAUAGGAGACAUGGGUUUGGACGAACAGCAGCUUCGCCUUGAGAAUGCUAGACUCCGAGAAGAGUUGGACCGAGUUUGCUGCAUGACUUCGAGAUUUACUAGCCGGCCAAUGGGGGGCAUUUCUGGGGCAGGUCCUCAUCAUCCCCUAAUGCCACCAUCUUUGGACUUGGACAUGAGUAUCUACUCCAGGCACUUCCCGGACCACAUGGCAGCUGGAGCCGAUCAUAACAUUGUCCCAGUUCCAAUGAUGCCGCAGGAGCCCUUCCCGGACAAUGGUCUUCUUCUGGAAGAAGAAAAAUCACUCGCCAUUGAGCUCGCCAUGUCUUCUGUUGACGAGCUAGUGAAGAUGUGCCAGUCAGGCUCGCCUCUUUGGGUUCGAAAGUCUGAAAAUGGAAGGGAAGUUCUUAAUGUUGAAGAGCAUGCCCGGAUGUUCCCAUGGGCUAUGAACCUCAAGCAGAAUGACUCGAGUGAUUUCAAGACUGAAGCAACUCGUCAUACUGAUGUUGUCAUCAUGAAUAGCAUCACUCUGGUGGAUUCUUUCGUUGAUGGUAGUAAAUGGGUGGACUUGUUCCCUUCUAUUGUUUCAAGAGCUAAAACCCUCCAAGUUAUCACAGCCGAUGCUUCAGGCCAGCCAAUCAAUGGCUCCCUUCAGCUGAUGUUUGCCGAACUACAAUACCUUUCUCCACUGGUUCCCACUAGGGAAGCUCAUUUUCUCCGAUAUUGCCGACAAAACUCUGAUCAUGAAAGGACUUGGGUCAUCGUCGACUUUCCUGUUGACAGCUUUCACGACGUCCUUCAAUAUCAGCCUUCACUUCCCAGAUAUAGGAGACGCCCCUCUGGUUGUAUCAUCCAAGAUAUGCCAAAUGGAUAUUCAAGGGUCACAUGGGUUGAACAUGCCGAGAUAGAGGAGAAGCCAGUUCAUCAAACUUUCAGUCACUUUGUCCAAAGUGGAAUGGCCUUUGGAGCUCCCCGCUGGUUAGCUCUCUUGAAGAGACAAUGUGAAAGGGUGGCAAGUCUCAUGGCCAGAAAUAUAUCGGAUCUUGGAGUUAUGCAUUCUCCUGAAUCAAGGAAGAACAUGAUGAAGCUGUCACAGAGAAUGUUAAGGACUUUUUGUGUGAAUAUCAGCACCUCUGGUGGGCAGUCAUGGACUGCUGUAUCCGAUUCCCCCGACGAUACUGUCAGAAUAACCACAAGGAAAGUCACUGUGCCUGGCCAACCCAAUGGUCUGAUUCUCAGCGCCGUUUCUACUACUUGGCUACCUUUCCCUGAUUACCAUGUCUUUGACCUCUUGAGAGAUGAAGGCCGCAGAUCCCAGCUCGAAGUACUUUCAAAUGGGAGUUCUUUACAAAAAAUAGCUCAUAUUGCUAAUGGUUCUGACCCGGGAAACUGUAUUUCUCUUCUUCGAAUCAAUGUGGCCAGCAACUCAACGCAGCCCGUAGAGUUGAUGCUGCAAGAGAGUUGUACGGACAAAUCAGGCAGUGUUGUAGUCUACUCCACCAUGGAGGUAGACGCAAUCCAGCUGGUCAUGAGCGGCGGGGACCCAUCCUGUAUCCCUAUCCUUCCCUUGGGCUUCGUCAUUGUUCCGGCUGAACUUGCAUCCGAAAACAACAACAAUGCCACUGGUAAAACGGGCUGUCUUCUCACUGUUGGCCUCCAAGUCCUUGCUAGCACAAACCCAUCGGCCAGGCUCAGCCUCCCCAGUGUCAAUGCCAUCAACAACCAUCUCAGCAACACUGUUCGGCAGAUAAUGGCUGCUCUCGGCGGCACUGCUACCACCAUUACUUGUGCUGACAAUGGAGGCUCCGGGAGCUCCUCUGGUGUUGAUCAUGGCACUACUACUCCUGCUACAACUGCUACGACCGUUGCUGGCCCCAAGCAAUAGAGAGUUUUGGGGAAGGAGGGUUCUAUAUGAGUUUCUCUUUUCUACCUGACUUGGACAUACUCACUUGGAGUUUGGAAGAAGGGUAGAAUUGGAACUUUCUAUCUAUCUAUGGCUCAUUCGGUUAGUUUAUUAUUAUAUAUAUUUGGUAAUGUAGGUUUGGGUGGGUGGGAAUGUUUGGAUGAAAUGGGAGUAGUGGAGUGGACUAGUAUAGUACUACAGCUAUGAGUACGUACGCAGUAGUGAGUGUGAUGAUCCUUCUGGUAAAUAAGUGGAUUUGAAAACUUUGGGUUGUGUAGGUUUUUGGAGAUGUGUAUUAAAUAUUUGGGUAGGUGGUGGGUGGGUGUUUGUUGAGAUUACGAAACGUGUGGUUUAAUUUGAAGAUGGGAGUUUCAAAGAGGGGGAGUCAAGAGCGCACCAACUAAGACCCUUGGUUCCUGGUAAGGCUAAAAAAAAAAGAGUUUGAAUUGUUGAAAAAAUAUAUUAAUGUUUUUACAAAGAAAAAAAAGAAAUUAGUAUUCGUGCAUUAUGGGUCUCACCAGUCAGCAAGGGUGUGUGGUUCGGGUAUUGACUCCUGCUAUAUAUAGUCUCUCUGUAUGUCUUUUUGCGUGCUUAUGAUGUGAAUUCAAUGCUCUUCUAAAUAUUUUCAUUAAUAACAAUUUAUUUCGUCUUA